AUGGUGAUUUUCACGAAACCCGUUUGGCUUCGUCACGCGGCCGGGACUGGGAACGGACCUCUGGGCGUCCAACGUGGCUUUGGAACCGGGGAGCAAACAAACAGUUUGUCAACAAGCAGUGACAGACGGCGAGCAGGAGCUGAUAACGCCUGUGUGCCCAUUUUCUCUCUAGACAUUCAGCCGUGCGCUCGUGAUGCUCCUCUGGAUGAGGUGCGACUAGCGACAUGUGGACAGGAUGGAAAGAUCCAUUUAUGGCGGCUAGGUGCGCUCUGGGAGGACGCCAAACAACAGUGCGCUCGCCUUCUUGGUAAGCCCGGUGCACCGCACGAAAGCACGACACCACAACAGAACGGUGCAUGUGAGAACACUCUGGAGUCGGCACUGAUCGGCGUUGUAACACCGGCACACCAGGGUGCUGCGAACGUCGUUCGCUGGCAUCCGGGCGGCAACGUUCUAGCCUCUGGUGGCGACGACGGCACUGUCUUGCUAUCUAGUCGAGUGCCUGCUGCUGCUGGAGCGGUGACGGCGGUUGAGCCAUUUGCCCGCGGGACGUUGCUUCAAGCGCCGCUCGGUGCGGCCUGCAAGGAACACUGGUCUGUUUGUACGAUCUUACGCGCACAUGACUCGGACGUUCUCGACGUGAGUUUUGCCCCGCACGGGGAGGCGCUUGCCUCCUGCUCAGUGGACAAUACCGUAUGCGUCUGGCGUAUAGAGCUGAGCACAAAGCAUGGGGAUGAUGAUCAAUGGAUCACUGCAAACGGGAGCCUCCUUGCUCGCCUGCGAGGCCAUCAUGGGAUGGUGAAAGGCGUCUCCUGGGAUCCGGCUAACCAGUUCAUUGCCACCCAGUCUGACGAUCGCUCGGUGCUCUUGUGGCGUACCGACCACUGGGGCGAAAUAGAAAGACGCCUUUCUGAAGAGUUUGAGGCGGCGACGACUGAGGCAAACUUGCGAUCCUGGUUUAUGCGAUUGGCAUGGUCGCCAUCGGGUGCCGAGCUUGUCGCCACCAACGGCUAUCGGAACAAGUGCCAUGUUGCGCCUCUGUACCGUCGUAUACAGGACUUUGCAGAUCCGAUCGAGUUUGUUGGGCAUCGGGCGCCAGUGGUGUCAAUUCGAUGGUCACCGUGCGUAUACGCACGCUCACCGCAUCCUCCAUUCGAGGAGAAGAACAGACUCUAUUUUUGCGUCGCCCUAGGUAGCAAAGAUCACGGCUUGACGAUCUGGCGAGCAGACCACGGCAAACCGUUCGUUUCUCUCGUAGAUUUAUUUGACGGGGAUGUUCUGGACUUGAGUUGGAACACUGCCGGCGAUAUUCUGGUAGCUUGUUCAACGGACGGGAGUGUUUUCUUUGCGCAGUUUGAUCCGGAAGAGCUUGGCUACGUUGUACCAGAGGCGGUAGCCAAGGAGGCGAUCACCAAAGAGAUGACUCUGUUCACUGGUGGCGUGAACCCCCUGCGGGCACAUCCAUCGAACCAGCUGGGAGAUGCGAGCUGUGGUAUGCUGGAUCCCGUCGCACUUGCACUGCAGCGGAGCAAGCUCGCGCAGCAAGCACCCGCAUUCGCGAAGAGCGGAGCAGAGACCAGUACACCUGUCGUCGAGCAUUCGAUGCCGGGGGAUUCGCGCCCGCCAUCCUCAGGCAAAGCGGGCGCGAAGGAGCCCAGCCCUGCUGCUGGCGUCCAGCUGCGUUUGGAAAAUCAGCGGGAGGAACGUCUUAAGGACGGGAAGCGAAGGAUCAUUCCAGUACCGAUAGGCGGGCAACACGCCACUGCCACACCGUCGCUCGGCGUUGCAGCUAAGCAGCAUGCUGCUCACUUGGCGUCAGCGGGCGUUGAGCGCGAACCACUUGACUCUGCUGAUGCCGUGCAGGCGAAGAAACGCCAACGGUCACUUGCGAUGAAUGGCGCCUCCACACCAGAAGUGCUGCCAAAACCUCCUAGAAAUGCACUCCGUAGCGACAGCGGCGUCCGAAGAGAGCAGUCGUUGGCGAACAACCAUACAGAGAUGCAUGGUCUCGCCACCGCUGCCGCGACACCGAAAGCGACCUCUACAGUAGCACCGGUGGCUUCAUCGGGAACCCCCAGGUCAACGAUUCCUCUGUCGACCGGCACGGAUACAAGAAGACGUCUCUGGAUUCUCGAGGACGCUUCGCCGAAUUUUUGCAUCGAAUCUGUUGGUCAACCACUGAAUACUUCGCUCGUUUUUGGGGUGCGCUCUGGUUCGCCUCUAUGGAAACAAGUCGUUCGGGGAGCCGUCACUGCGCUCACCAGCACACCUGGAUCCAAUGCAAUCAUCCUGGGUACUAGUGAUGCUGCACUGCACGUACUCUCUGGCCGCAGUGGACUCCGCCUGGCGCCACCGUUCAUGUUGGAUGCACCAGCGAUCUGGAUGGCACGCCAUGAACGAGUGAUCCUCAUCUUAACCGAAAAGGCUUCGUUCCAAGUCCAUCACGUCACCGAUUUGACGGACUGGAGGCCCGAGCAAACCUCGCGCCCACUCGCUUGGGGCAGUGCCAGUUUUCUGCUGGCGAGCGAAAAUCUCGAGCCAGUGCGGUUGUUGCCCGAACGCUUCGAAUGGGAUGCUUCGCGUCAAGUGCUACUCCUGUUUCUCCGCAACGGCGAUGUCUAUAUGCAUCAGGGUGCGCACGCCACAUGGAUCCGGCUGAUGGAAGACACUUUCCUUGCGAGUCCCUUUUCUGAGGCGACGGUAUCCGCAACCGGCUACGACGCCCGAAAGCAGCAGGCUUUGCCGACCCUGGACUGCACGGAUCCGUGUACCGAAGACAGGAAUUUUUCGUUUAUUGAUCCAGAGCGCGUAGGUCUGCGCGAGGUUGCGGACCCAGAACGGGAAGCGAGUGACACGACAGCACAUCUCGAGCUUUUGUUUGUGACGGCCUUCAGGUUGCAGAAGGAAGCUGAGGCUCGUUUCUGGUUACAGAGGCUGGUCGAGUGGCUCGUCCAGAUCGGUGACGAGGCCCGUCUUGUUGCGCUUUGUGAUCAACUCGGGGGUUUCAGCACUACUGUGAGUUCAGGGGAAUGCAUCGACAGCCAGCAGCGCGAUGGCUGGAAAGCUUCCAAUAUGGCGCUCAUUCGACAGAUUGUGUUACCACUGCUGGCAUCGAAUCCCGCUCUGGAAACCAUUCUGAAUACAUAUCGUGAGUUGUUGAUUGGGGUUUCCCAGAGCCAAGAGCGGCUACCCGCACCUGCGCUACUCGAACAAGUCGUUUCUACUACCGCAGAUGCCGCUGAGGACAAGGCGGGUGAAAGCUCCCCACUCGCCUAG